AGUGAGGACGAGUUUCUCGUUUCUCGAUUCAAUGUGAAGCGAUCCCUGUUCCGUUCAAACUUUACUCGUGCCCUACGUUCCUUUCGUCGAUGCUCGAUGUUGAUGCACCUCACAAAACCUAAAAUCAUCGCAGCAUGUUCAUUUACAUCUUCAAGAAUUUUUAUGUUUCUUUUACGCAGGCACACGAUGGCUCUAUUCAACAGGAACUCUGCGAGAUCUGCCUGGAUUAAUUCAUAGUUACAGUAUUUGUGUGGAGGCUUUGGUGAGUCAUGUAAUUAAUGUAGACGAGGCCUUCCGUAAUUCCAGACUCCCAAAUCCCAUUUACUACCUUUUGAACUCGCUCUGCGUUUCACAAAACGAAAAUCCAGGCUACUGAUAACAGAUGCGUCGACAGGCGUAGGUAGGAAUUGACGGUUACAUGGUUCGUCGGCUUCGUGUGUUAGGUUCGAUACGUAGGAAAGCAUAAGGUUGAUGAAUUUGACUUAGACGAGGAGAUCUUUUUGGUUUUGAGUUUUGGAUUAUAUUUACACAUUUGCGUACCGCGGGUGAUUUGUGUUUGUAGCUAAUGAACGUCACGUUCUUUGGUAGUCGUAGGACAUGAAGCUGGAACAUGACGCGCAACAUUUGGUUCUAGUGUGACUCUUUUCAGUGUUGGUUUUGCUGCACUUUGGGAGGAGUUCUGCCCUAAGGGCUGUGGGAAGAUGGCGAGAAGGAGCUGCCGACUCCAGAGAUAUUUGUAGUCGGGGCGUUACUCUAAAUGUCAUGGUGAAAGAACAUGAUCAGUGAUACAAGCGACUAUUGGAUGAACAGCACAUAGGUUUUGAGUAAGACCAGCUAGAAAAUGACAAAACAAGGCAUGGUUUGGCGCGCCGUCGCUGGGGAUGGCGGGCAACCGACAAAAGCGGACGAGAGCACGGGAGUAUACAACGCGUCGUCUACUCCUGGUGGUAAAAAAAAGGGCAAAGGCAAACGGGGAAGCGCUUCCAAGAACAAGUCUGCUGCUGGAAUCGGCCAGGUGGUGAGUAACCCAGCAACGUCGGCGGCAGCAAGAAAUAGCGGAGCAUCGCGCAAAACGAGCGAUGAAUAUAAGCCCCCAACGAACAACUCAAUUGUAUCGAUUGAAGAUCUAGUGGGAUCAGCCAGCACUAGUAGGAAUCGGCAAAGGCGCCAGCGACGGUACAACGAAAACACCGAUCUGGCGAACGAAAAAUCAAUCGUGGAAGAAGAAGAUGAUAUCGAUUCUGUGGCGGGCAGUGCUGACAAGACUUACCCAAAUCCACCCAGCAAGAAGGGACCGCAGUGUGAAGGUGGUCCCGCAUCUUCGUCUAAGACGGGAGAAACGCGCAAGAAAAAUAUUCAGAUCACGGAUAUUCCGUGGGCGACACUACCUGGCGCGUCGGGAGGUGGUCAGAAAGUUGCGGGGAAACGCAACCUGGCUAGCGGCGAAGUUGGUGCUGGGAGAGGAGGACCAGAUAGGGCACUCGCAGCGCAUUUGAUUGAUGAUUCCACUAGGAGUCACACAGAAAAAGACGGAGCCACGAAUGGAGGAGAUAAUCUCCAGGCACCGAAAAAGAAAAAGUUCAAUAUAGAGGAUCAGGCGGUUCUUUCUCCAAUUGCGCGCUCUCCAAUUUCGUCGCCACAUGAGGACGACGGCCAUCAAAUUGGAAAAGAGGGAGAAAUCUGCGGCCGCUUCUCGUCGGCAGGCGCUGCGGAGCAGUUAGAUGGUGCGGCUCGUCAGAGCUCGAAAUUUGCACCCGCAGAGCGAACACAGAAAGCGCGAUCGUCUAACAGUAAGCAAUCGUUGGUUACAGCGGGAAGAAGUGAUGCGUCGUCCAAAGCAGUGCAAUCGCCGCGAAGCGAAAGUGAGGAACCGGCGCAACGCGAAAAAAGGGACGAGAGCGACUCUGCCCCUACCACGACGUUCGCCGGGGAAAGCAAGGGAAGCAAGAAAGGUGAGCCGCAGCAGGAUCAGAAAACCGCCGCGAAGGAGAAGGCGACAAGGAGAGACAGGCCGCCACGGACGCGAAUGUCGGCAGCUGCACGUGCAGCGAACGCGAAGCUCCGCGAAUUGAACGACCAAAGGAAUAUGCAGAAACAUUUAGACUGGUUUAAGCAAAAGUUUUGGAAAACUUGGCGUUCGAGAAAGUACUGGAUGGACAGCGUAAAAGAUGAGAUAAAAACGCAACAGGAAUGGAAGUCGAUGAAGGCAGACAAGGAAGCACGUUCAACGCCGGGUAGAAGGAAGGACUCCUCUAUGUCAAUGAACGAAGAUACUAGUAGAGGUGCCGGUGACGUCAAUCUCUUGGAUACGGAUCCGGAGACGUUGGAGAAACUACCAAGUGAGGCCAAGCAGCUCGCUGAAUUCCAGAAAAUUGAGGACUUUCUGCAGCGUUUGGCCAACCGGCAGCAACUGCAGCCACGAAGAAAACAGGCAAUGGAAAUUGCGUUCAAGCGGAUCAAAGCCGCUGUUUCAGACUUGUUUGGCGACAACGUGGCAAGGCUCGAGCUCUUUGGAUCGGUGGUCAACGGAUGCGCAACGAACGCUAGCGAUUACGAUUGCGGCCUUCGCUUCGCGGAAAAUGAAAAAACAAUGCAAGAGCUAAAAAAGAGGGGCGACAUCUCUUUUGACAGUGGUACUGAACUCCCUAUCUCUCUUAUAUCACACGUAGACUAACUAUGUACUUCUAUGAGCAGAACGGUGAUAGACAGCCUGCACCCGGAUUUCUGCAUAUUGGUUCUUAUUGUCACCUGGGGGAAGACCAAGGAUUUCGUUCUAUCACUAGGCGCUACAUAAGUAUGGAUACGCGAUUAUAUUAAACAAGGGAGAGGCGUCUUACCUCCUUGAGGGCUCAAGUGCUUUCGGUAGUCUGAAUCUGUUAUUGUUUGAAUCAUGUUCACUCCUCAGUCGACGGAAUCCGAGUACGUGCGGGGAACGAGCUUGCUGUUUGCGUGCUGAAGAAGUUACAGGAUCGUGUAAAAGAGGACCCAGAGUGUCUAAAAACACAGCUGAUUGCGAACGCAAAAGUACCGAUUCUGCAAGUCGAGUAUCGUCCCAAAGAGGAAAAGUUUCGACCAUCUUGCUUUGAUGUUUCCAUCACUACCAAGGCAUGGACGUUCGACAACUCCCGCUUACUCUACUUGUAUCUGCACAUGCAUCCCAAAAAAAUUGUGCGACACUUAGCUGUGUUGCUGAAGGAGUAUGUGAAGUGUGCGAACCUGGGAUCGGCGAAAGAGGGGAUGCUCUCGAGCUACUCGUAUCUUCUGCUCCUAAUUCACUAUUUGCAGGUUGUGAAUGUGCUGCCGCGGUUACAGCACCCGAAGUACUGGUACAUGGGACUCGGCUCGUGCGGGCCGCAGUACAAUGUACAGAAAUCGGAACAUGCCAGUAAUGCAGCUGUCUCUAGGUCAUCUAGCGCGCACGAAAAGAUGGAGACAGAGCAGAACAGCGUGCCGCCGCCGGGCACGUAUACGAAUAAUGCCGAGAGAAGUACAAAAAGUAGUGCGGUAAUGUCUGAGAAUGUUGAGAGCCAGGAUUUUUUUCCGGGCCCCGCGCCUGGUUGUCGCGAGGGAGACACUUACUGGUUCUUCGACCCCGAGACGGCAUGGGACCAAUAUUGUUCAUCUGGAACCGGGGGCCAGGACGAGGCUGACUCACCUAAGCUCUCGAAGCGCGAGCAGCGAGCCGUGCGGGCGCGAUUACCUCAGGCCGACUACCGUGCGCUCUUCAACCUCGAGCCAGUGGGCGCCGAGGCCGGUGGGCCCGAUCUACUUCAACUUUUUUAUGGCUUCUUUCAGUACUACUCGCAGGAGAUGGAUUGGAGCGUUGCCCCCUCUAUGGUUCCAAGACACAUGAUCAGCGUGUCCAACCUUUCCUCAAAGACGCGGCUGGCCGAGUACCGGCGGGACCUUGAGGAAGAGCUACGCGAAGCCAAACUUGCCGAAAAGGCGCUGCUCGCCAAGCAGCGCGAGGAGGAGGAGGAGGAGACGGCAGGCGCUGCUGCAGGCGGUGCAGAUGAGCAGAAGCAAGAGGGUUUGCAGAGCGACCCAACAGAAGGGGAAUCCGCUGAAAAUGCAUCUGUGAGUGAUACCGAGGAAUCCACUACCGCAAAGCCAUCGUCGAAGACAGUAGAGGAAACUGAAGUGGAAGCACCACGAUUGCUCGCAAUUUCGAAGCCUUCAGGGGCGUUCGGAAAAAGUGCCGCGUUUGUGAAUCUUGGCCUUGUUUCUCAAAAGGACGAAGCGUCUGCUCCGCGAAGUCAAAAAGCGGAUGACGAAGAAAAAAUGCCCUCGGCUGAUGAAGGGCAGCACGAGAGUCCUCUGAUCGGAAAGGAGUCCUCUGAUCGAAGCGCUGACACGGUGACAAAAAACGAGGACGCUGCACAGGAAAAGCCGCGUAAGGAGAGCAAGACGGUUUCGCUAAAGCAUCCUCAGCUUGGGAGCUACUUCGUACCGAAGAGCCUUUUUCGGACAAGCGAUUCCCUACAGAGUGGUAGCACGGUUAGUCCAGCGACUGAGCACAGGAGCGUCGGGGAUGGUGGCGUCGAAGCUAUGACUGAGGCAGCGAAUGUUCCGCCCACCGACGGCAGUACAACAACAUCUGCGCCAGCCGCGUUUACCACUAAGAGCGUCGAAAAUGAUCCCGUGGAGCUGGAGACGCUCAGACACAGGUUCGUGGACGAUCUGAUAGAUGAAUUCUGUCCAGUGCGAAGCAGAAAAAACGACUGGCACUUCAUGAUUGAGGACCCGAUCCAGCCAGACCGCUUUCUCGGGAUGAACGACUACAAUUUUCGAAACUGGUUUCUGGUAUGCACCAACAGUACGUGUAAGAACCUGAAGAAGAAGAGCCUCCAGCUUGCCGACGUGGAGAAGGUCUUCAAAUAUCAUUGGAAGUACCAGACUCUCAUAUCACAGCAUCCAUGAAGCACACCGCACGUGAGUAUCCAUCUUCUGUGAUCAUAUACAGAAAGCUUUUGACCGCAGACGGCGGCGAAUCCGCUUUCGCGGUUUCCUCUCCUGCGCGCUUUGUAGUGCGGACUCAUUCCUUUUCUAUUCAUCAUACUGUUGAUGUUUCUCUACUAUUGUUUCCCAUCUGGAGAUUCCGAAAAAGUACGUCCGUGAACAGGUCUAUGUAU